AUGGUAGUUCCAAUUACUAUUUUAGAAGUUAAUUCUUUAAGUGACGACAACUUUGAGGCCACUUUUGGUAAUGUUAUUGAACUGUGUUCUGGUGCCGCAGCUUAUGUUAAAGAUAAAAGACCUUUCAAUAACGUAAGUGAUCUUUGUAAUGAGUUCCAUACCUAUUUAGAGCAGCUAAAUGUUCAAGACCAAGUCGAAGUGUUGAAACUCCACCCUGAUUUAGCUGGGAGCCUCGCUGCACGUGGUGAACUAACAAAAGAGUCUGCAGAAGAACAGCGGACAGCUGGUCUAGAACAACUAACACCACAGAUGAAGAAGACCAUGGAUCAGUACAAUCAGCGGUACAAAGAAAAAUUUGGUUUCCCAUUUAUCAUUUGUGCGAAAGAGAAUAAAAUCCAAUCUAUAAUUAGCGGCUUGCAGAAGCGUUACAAUAAUUCAUAUGAACAAGAAAUCAAUACUGGAAUAAACGAAGUGAAAAAAAUAUGCAAGCUUAGAAUAUUGGAUAUUGUAAAAAACUGA